CCCCACUAACCGCCCAAUUCUUUCUCCCAUGCACCUGUCUUCCCGGCCCUCUCCUCCUCUAAUAGUUUCUCCCCAGUCCUUGCCUGCCAGUCAUUUCAUCUGUAUCUCAUACUCUCUCACUCCUACCAUCUUUGUCUCUCUAUCUCCCGCAACUACACAGUCAAGCAGGCAACCACAUUAACCGAGAUGUCUAGCCGGAGGCCACGGUCUAGGCAAUCUAGCUCGUCGAGGAUCACUGAAGAACAAAUCAGUGACCUUGUCUCCAAGCUGCAGGACCUCCUCCCCGAAGCUCGCUUCCAGAGCAAUGCUAGAGUGCCAUCUGCAAGGGUAUUGCAGGAGACGUGCAAUUAUAUCAGGAGCUUGCACCGGGAGGUCGACGACCUGAGCGAGAGGCUGUCGGAGCUGCUGGCUACGUCCGACAUGAGCAGCGCGCAGGCGGCGAUCAUCCGCAGCCUGCUGAUGUAGCGAGAGAGAUCUUGACGCCCCGUCGUCGAGCGCUCAUAGCCUAAUUAGAGUGAUCUUUAUUUAGUGCUUCGAGAGGCAGGUUACCUAAUUCUCCAUGUACUAAGUCUACGUGCAUAUGUACUGUUGUCGAUCGUGUCACCACUCACCACCUAAACCAGACCUAUCCUUUUUUUCGUGUACUUAAUCAUAUGACCAUCGUGAUUCGUGCAAAGCUUAU